UAAAUUUUUUGGUAAAGUCGACGAAUUUACGUACGACGUUAGUGUAGUGUUUAGAAAAAUAUUCGUUAAAUAUUGUUUUCUUCGCGGAUUGCUUUAUUUAACAAGCACUAUUUUAAUUUGAAUGGCAGUGUAAUAUACAUCAGAGGAAUUUAUUCUAAAAUCUAUACUGUUUAUAAAUAAACAUUUCUUUGUUAUGUGAGCUAAAGAUAGUUUCAAAUCGAUUUUUCCUGUGAUGUGAUAUUUUCGUUCGUUGUGCAAGAUGAAUCUUUUAUUUGUCUACUGUAAUAUCUUUUUGUAUAUAAUUGUGUCAUGUGAUGCUUCUGGAGCUGAUAUAGCACUUGAUGCUAAGGCUACUUUGCUCCAUCGUAUAGAUAGUUUAAAUCUUUUAAUUUAUACAUGUCUUCUUACCCUGACCGUGCUUACAAUUUGGGUUUUUAAGCAUCGUCGUGUGAGCUGGCUCCACGAAACGGGCUUGGCUGUAAUAUAUGGUCUUAUAGUUGGUGCCAUUAUUCGAUAUGGAAGCAGUACAAAUGAAAUUACCUAUAUUGAUGCUCAUCCAGAUCCAGAUUCAAAAUAUAACCUGUCUGUUCCUCCAGAUAUGGUUAGGUUCCACUUUCCAGAUAAAAUUCAAGUAACGGGUGAUGGUCCUGUACCAAACAAAACAUAUGCCUACAGCUUUAGAGGAGAAAUUGUUAAUGUAGAACAGAAUGAAAUAGAUUUAAAAGCUACAUUUGAUCCUGAAAUAUUCUUCAAUAUUAUUCUUCCACCUAUUAUUUUCCAUGCAGGGUACUGUUUAAAAAGAAAAUACUUCUUUCGUAAUUUAGGUGCUAUAUUGACCUUUGCAAUGGUUGGGACAGCAUUAUCUGCAUUGGUUAUUGGGUCACUUAUGUAUGGUUUUGUUCAACUGAUGCCAGCAUCAUUGGCAUCAAGCUUCACAUUUUUAGACACACUCUACUUUGGGGCACUGAUCUCUCCAACAGACCCCUUAACAGUUCUUGCUAUUUUCUCACAGCUUAAGGUUGAUGUUAAUUUGUAUGCAAUGAUAUUUGGCGAAAGUGUCCUAAAUGAUGCAGUAGCUUUAGUACUUAGUGGAGCUAUUCAAAACUACGAGAAGAGAUAUUCAACGGAUGGCGAGUUUGAAAUAACAGCGUUUUUACAAGCCAUAGGCGAUUUUAUCGGAAUAUUCAGCCUUUCUCUCAUUGUUGGAGCUCUCAUGGGCUGUUUCACAGCAUUGAUGACAAAGUUUACGCACGUACGUGACUGGCCCCUCUUGGAAUCGGCAUUGUUUGUUCUUAUGUCAUACGCGGCUUUCCUCAUCGCUGAAGUGUGCGAAUUAACAGGUGUUGUAGCGGUACUAUUCUGUGGUAUAUGUCAGGCACAUUACACAUACAACAACCUGUCUACGGACUCGAGAAAUCGGACAAAACAAUUGUUUGAAUUGCUCAACUUUUUGGCUGAAAACUUCAUAUUUACAUACAUAGGUGUUUCGAUGUUCACAUUCCCGAAGCACCAUUUUGAUCCCUGGUUUAUUAUCGCCGGAUUUUUGACCUCAACUCUUGGCCGAGCAGUAAAUAUCUAUCCGCUAUCAUUUCUUAUGAAUCUCGGACGAAAACCACCAAUACCCAUGAAUUUCCAACACAUGCUCUUCUUUUCUGGAUUGCGCGGCGCUAUGUCUUUCGCGUUAGCAAUCCGCAACACAGUAUCAGAGGCGCGUCAGGCGAUGUUGACGACCACAUCUUUGAUCGUGAUAGCCACGGUGGUGCUGCAAGGAGGCGCAGCGACGCAUGCCCUAGCGUACUUGCGUAUACCCACCGGGUACGAACUUAGCCAAGGACAGAACGAAGAGAGCGACACGCUGCCUUACAGGGAUGUGAGAAAUCUGUACCAGGCCACGGACAUGGGCAGCUCGCCAGGUGAUAUUAGUUUGGGGCUAAGAAACGUGGACGUAACAACAUCGAGUGAGCAAGCACCCACUGGCCGCAUGGUAGUUAAAUGGGGAAAAGACGAGAGCGGAGUCAUAAUGCCUUGCCACCUUAACUAUGAGGACGAAAGCCAUCGUGAUAGCGGCGAUAGCGGAACUGAGAAAUCCCGGCUAGCUAAGUUAUGGGGUGCGCUGGACUCUCGUUUGCUGAAGCCCCUGCUUACGCACGCAAGACCACCACUUACGGAGACAUUGCCCGCGUUCUUUAGACCUCUAGCGCGGCUUUUGACUACCACACGCCAGUACACACAAGGAGACAAUAAUGGACUUCGAAGGACCGAUUCAGAUUCGGAUCUGUGUAUUGACGAACCUCAACCAGUUCCUACAAGUAUAGACCCACAGCUAUCUUUUAGCGUUCGGAAUGGAUAUGGGAAUAUAUAAGUUUAAGCGUUAUCAAUUAUCAACUGUGAUAUGAAGUCUUAAUAGAUUUAUUAGAAGAAUUUAACUUUUUUUUUAAUUGCACGCAGCAACUUUGGCCCGGACUUGUGGAUACAAGGAUUUCUGUUGAAGGUAUCACUGGUAGUAAUAUAUAAGUUGUGUAUUGCGAAAAUAAGCUCUUUGUGCCACGAAUUUUGUAAUGAGGUGCUGCUCCUCAAUAUAUUUAUUUCUCUAGUGUUGUUAUAAGCAUGAAUGGAGAUUGGACUGAGCAAUUACUUUGAGAGUUGACUCUGUAGACUCUAUUGACACUAUAGAAAGUGUACUCUGUACCUAUUUAAUUCCUUCAGCAGAUAGGUACAUUAUUCCUUAUGGAAAGGCAUUAAUUACAUAUGUCAUUGUCAUUUAACACAUUUUACAAUUCGGGAAACAUCUGGUAACAUGGUAAACCUAUCUACCCACCAGGAUGUGGUCAUGAUGACCAUUAGCAUUGCUCAGUUCUGCUCUUUUUAUGAAUUAGUUUAAUGUAGGAACUGUCCUUAAAAAAUACUGUAUAAUGUGUAGCAAAUAUGUUUCGAAAACAUAAUCUUCCUUGAGAUGAUAAUUUAAACUUUAUUGCUAAAAUAAUAAAAAGUAAUUUAAAAAAAAAAUAUCCGUGCAGUCUCUUUUAAAUAGCUAAGCUUUUAUCAAUGCAAGCACAUUUAAUAGCUUUAUGUGUUUUAAAGAGCACCUGUCACAAUAUAAAUGAUUGCCUCUUUUCAACUUUUUGCAUUUUUGAAAGUUGUUUUCAGUUAUUUAAUCAAAACAGAAAAGAUAUCCUAAUUGUGUCAACCACAAAAAUUAUCUAGUAGAAAAAGAGGACUGAUGAGACAUGAGAUAUUUUUUUAAAUAUUCAACUUCAUGCUAUAUUUUAGGAGA